AUGGAAAUAAGACACUUGGUGUCACAUGAACAUUUUAUGCUUUUAAAAAAAUUUUCUUCUGAAAUAUUGCAAAAAUGCACUAAACCCGGAAUGCUUUCUAAACUUGACCUUCUUUGUCCUAAUGUGACGGUUCAAGAAUUUUUUGAAGUUGAUAUAUCAUCUUCUAAACAAAGAGAGCGUUUACGUAAUCAUUUUAUUAAAGCAAUUCUUAAUGACAAUGAAUCCGAAAAUAUUUUAAACAAGAUUGCUAUUGAAAUUAUAUCGUUUAUUCGAUUAAUUGACAAAAUUAUUACUCAAUUGGAAGGAGUUGGUUCCAAAAAAAGUGUUCCAAACAAGUCGUUCAAUUUUAGUAAAGCUUUGAAUUUAAAAAGUGAUGAUCAACUAAAAGAUUUUCGUCUUACUGAAGUCCUCAAAUACACAUCUGAUUAUGAUAAAAUUUUUAAUAUGAACAUUGAGGGAUUAAUAAAAGAACAAACAAUAUUAAAUAUUCAACAAUUUAAAUUUUAUAAAAAAUUGAUUAAAAAUAAAAAUAUUCAAGAAUUAACAAUUGAUAUAAUUUCUGAUUAUUUAAAAGAAAAAUCUGUCAAAAUUUUCAUUUCUGCUAGUGAAAGAAAAGAAUUUUUAAAAUGGCGUCAAAUGAUUGUUGCAAAUGAAUUUUAUGAGGAACUUGGCAUAAAUAAUGAAAUUAUGCUUCAAAAUGAAAGUGAAAAUAGAGAGAUUUUCAAGGAGCAAAUCAGUAAAGGAUUCUCAUCAUCUUUUUCGUCUCUAAAACGUCUCUAUAAUUUAAUUGGCCCAGAAAAUGCUCGCAAAAGUCUUAGUUACCUCAAUAUCAAAUUUGAAGAAGUUGAUGAACUAAAAAAUUUAGAAGAAAUUGAAGAAGAAUAUUUUGAUGAAGAGGAAAUAAAUAAUAUAAAUAAAGGAAAAAUCAUCGAAGAUUCUAUCGAAAAUGAUACGGAAGAUUCACCAUUUUCAAAAGAUAAUAAUUCUGAAGACGAAACAAAUGAAGUAAUUCAAAAAAUAAUACAUCACAGAAAUGAUAUACUAGAUAGUUUACACAAUAUAAUCAGUGAACAACAAACAAAAACAAAGGCCAGAAAAUCAAAAAGACAAAGAAAUAAAGAGAAAAAGAAAAAUUUACAAGUUGAAAAUUUAGAGGAACAAUCGGGUGGAAAUAUUGAAUUUGCUGAAAUUUCUGAUAAUAAGGUGGAGAAUGUUGAGGGGGAAAGUAAUACAGAAGAAAUAAGCAGUCCUUUAUUAAAUGACAUAAAAUUAGGUUGGAUUUUAUUUUUUAAAUUUUUAAGAAACAAAAGACUACGAGAAAAUUUGUAA